GUAAUGAAUUGGAGCAUGCGAUUCAUGAGGAAUCAUUGCUUUUCGUGUUAUAAAAUGUAGUGUAGUUGCCGGUCGAGAGAAACAGCAUUCUCUAGACAGAGUCCUUCAAUAGAAUCAUCAUUCAGAACGCAGCCUCUAGCCUUUGUACUUGCUCAUUCAAAUCAGAGAAGCUCAUAAAUCCCUUUUUUAUAAUCGAAAACAGCCAAAAACCCCUACAAGAUGGCUACUACGCUCGCUGCUGGACUCCAAGAGACCGCACAGGCUGUCGGGUCGCAAAUGCCCGAAGCUGUCAAGGCCGUUAUCUUUGAGGCCAAAACCAACGUCGAGAAAACGUUUGACGUCAAAUCCACAAUCCAGCCUGGCGAAAAGCUGCCCGAUUUCAUCCUCUCUGAUGCCCGCGGCGUGCCAGUCAGCAGCAUUGACCUCCUGGCCAAGGGUCCUCUUCUCAUCAUGUUCUACCGCGGCGGCUGGUGUCCCUUUUGCAACCUCACCCUGAGGGCCUACCAGCAGCGCCUGAAGGAUUUCGAGGCUCGCGGUGUAACAUUUGUUGCGAUUACGCCGGAGCAGCCUGAUGCUUCGCUCACCACUGCGGAGAAGAAUGAGCUUGCGUUUCCGGUUCUGACUGAUGAUGGACUCGAGCUUGCGCGAAAGCUACACAUUGUCUGGAAACAGUCGGACGACCUGGUUGACACUUUGAACAAGGUUGGUGCGGACCUGGAGAAGCGUCACGGCAAUGAUUCACAUGACAUGGUGAUUCCGACGACGAUUCUGGUUGACGAGAAGGGCGUGGUGAGGAACAUUUUCGCAGAGGCGGAUUGGAUGCAGAGACUCGAGCCGCAAGAGGCUGUCAACUGGGUGAAUGCGCUGUAAAGAUGGAAUUAUGUUUGUUGAGCAUAUUAGACAGCGUCUAGACAGGGGUCGUGUUUCGCAUCGAUAUAGACGAUGCGGAGUAUGGAAAUAGAACGACACAACAGAGAAAUAGU